ACGUUAUGGUGAAUCCAGCGAAGGAAUUAAAUGGGGUGUGGAAGUAGAGUGGCUCCUGAAAGCAUAAUAGAGAGUAUUAAAUGCAGCAGCUAAUACCCCCACCCACCUCCUUUGGCCCUCACAACAAACACAUAAUACACUUACACUAUUCUCUCCCCUCUCCUUUCACAAAUGGAGAAUUUCCCAACUCAUCCUUCUUCUUCUUCUUCUUCUUUUAUUUCUUUUUCUUUUUCAUCUUCUUCUCUUCAAUGUCCUCCCUCAACUCCUUCUCCCCUCCACCCCCCACCCCUUACUUCACCAACCUCGGCUUCGGCUACUCCAUCGCCAUCGCCCUCGGAGUCCUCUUCCUCAUCUCCACCCUCAUCCUCUCCUCCUACCUCUGCUGCCGCACCCUCCGCCACCGCAACAACAACCACCGCCGUCGCCGCCACAACCCCCACGCCCCUGAUGGCAUCGUCCUCCCGCGCGUUAUCUUCGUCGCCGAGGACGACGACGACGGCGCCCGACAGAACGACGCUGUCUCCGGCCUCGAACAGUCCGUCAUAAACUCCUACCCCAAGUUUCCCUUCGCGAAAGACGGCGGCUACGACACCACGUGCUCCAUCUGUCUCUGCGAGUACAAGGAUUCGGAGAUGCUGAGAAUGAUGCCCGAGUGUCGACACUACUUUCACCUCUGCUGUCUCGACCCCUGGCUCAAGCUCAACGGCUCCUGCCCCGUGUGCCGGAACUCCCCCAUGCCCACGCCGCUGUCCACGCCGCUUCAGGAGGUCGUGCCGCUCUCGCAGUACGCCGCCGAUGCUAGGGGGAGGAGGUGAAUUUUCUUACGGGGUUUUGGUUUCACUGGGAAAGUUAGAUGAAAAACAUCCAGUAAUGUUUUCUUUUCAAAAUUGCAGUUUUAUCUUGAUUGUAAUAAAAAAAAAGUUUCGUUUUUUGGGCCUCGACGAGAUAAAACUACAAUUUUGAUCAGACUGGGUCCCUGAAAUCGUUUCAGAAAAAUUGUAUCAAAACUUUAUGCAAAAUGUAAAUCUUCCCUGUAAAAGGGAGAUGGUGGGUUUUUUUAUUUCAAAAAAAAAAAUUGAGAUGAAAAUGAAGAGGUGGGGGUGGGAACAUGUGUAGAAUUAUUGGUAAAGGACCGACUUUGUACCAAAUGUUACUUUUUUAGGGAAAAUUAUCCGCGAUCGCGUUUUGUUAGUA